AUGGGUUCUUCAGCCAGCAAGAGCAUCGAAUCAAGCUCGUCCAGCAGUAUCCCACGCUACUCCUCCAAAAUCUGCCAACUCUACCUCAUCAGCGCAAGCCCAGGCUCCAACACCGCACACUGGAGACUCUUCCUUGACGAUGGCACAAACCAGCUGACUGGUACGACAUGGGAAGUAAACUACAUAAACGAGCGACCAAACCGCGGCGCCUUACUUCUUGACCAAACCUUCCCAAGAAGCGCUUCGCACCAGAACGCCUUCGAAUGCAACCGGAAGAGUUUUGUCGAGAUCGGUGAUUUGAUGGACAAGGGAUCAGACGCCACGAUAAUUCAUGGCGCCCAAUCUUCGUUCAGAAAGAUUGAAGCGGCAAAAGAGAGGGUUCUACGAGAGUUCACGUACAAAGUGGCCACUGCCAACUGCCAAAGUUUCGUCAUUGACGUCUUGAGCAUGCUCUGGCAAUGGGAUCCAGACCUCGUCGAUAAGAAAGCUAUUGAAACCGUUCAGCGCUUGUGCUUCUCUACGGUGCGUCUCACAACGAAAAGCAGACAGAAGAAAAUCCAGCGCCAGGAUGCGAAGCAUGGUUAG